UGGAAGGAUUAAAAGCCUCUCAAUUCAAAAAGACAGGGGGAGGGGAGGAGAAUGUGGGCUGCACAAUUUAUAAAUAGACAUUACCCGAGGCUGCCUGAUGGUGAAGUGGUUGUUUAGUAAAUCUUUCUCCUUUAAGGAUUCCAUUAUCAGAGACCAUUCGAAAAUACCAGUUUUCUUUCGUCUUUUGGGGGAGAUCCUGGCUUUCAUCAAGUCAGCCCUGUUGGAUGAUAUUUCUCUCUGCCAGAUCUGGGCAUAGGCCUUCGGUAUUUUGAAUCACCUUCUCAUGGAGCACAGAGAUGAUGAUGAUGAGGAUGUGUCUUUUGCCAAAUGGAUGAGCAGCUUCUGGGGUCACAGCUGGAUAGAGGAGGAUGAAAGAGGACUCCGGGACCGCCGCGGAUCACAAGACGCCAGUUACAGGAAAACCUCCCUGCCCUGCCCAUUUCCUGUGCUUCCCAGAAUCACAUCAUCUGACAGCCAUCCUAGAAGGCGUUCUCAUGAGGACCAGGGAUUUCAAUGCCGUACCCACUUGCGGGCUUACAGAAAAUGCUCAGGGGAAGGGUCAUUCGGAGAGCCACUGGAAUCAACAGGAAGAUCCCAUUCUAAAGUGCAGGCGUUUUCAGAGUCCUUUGAACAGCAACUGUGCUUUAGAACCAAACACUCUGUCUCUUUGGGACCUGAGAGCAGACAGGAGAGAAACGAAAGAGAAUGCCUGAGGAUGGAGACAGGAUCCUGCAAGAAGGUGGAGGAGAGAAGGAGCUGUAGGAAGGAAGAGCACCGAGAGGCGUACAUGGCCCCCCUGUUUGAAAAAAGGCCCAAAUAAUACUGUUUCCACAUCACGACCACAGAUGCUGCUGUGUUUCUUGAGUCUCGAUUCACCAUGCCAAGGGGUGGAAGCUGUGAAAGUGUCUGCAGAUGCCGAGGGACUUGGAGUGGGCGGUUGGUUCGCUGCUCCCCAAGACAACGUGCGUCAUACUCCACUGCUCUGGCAUCUUGAGAGCAUGAUCUGCUCCGUUGCCCUUUUAUGGGAAUAAGAAGAAUAAAAGGCAUUUUAAUAGAAUAAAGUAAUUCUUGACAACGUAAAGAAAGGUAUUUAAAGAGCCACCCACACAUCUUCACCAACCCUUCUUGCACAU